AUGAUUCAAUUGGUUUCUUUUAGAAUGCUAACCACUUCUUCUCCUGCUGAAAAAACUAGAGAUUUAUCAUCUGAAGAUUUAAAUACUCUUCCAGUGACAUUAUAUAAUAGUUAUGAAUUAUGGAAUAAAGAAAAUGAAUUAGACUCUUCUGAUGAUUCUGAGGAUGAUACGGUAUCUGAUGGGUAUCCUUUAAGUGGAAAUCCAUUAUUAGAUAGUAUAUCAGAUUUUACAACAUCUGAUUCAGAAUUAUAUAAAUCUUCAAAUUAUGUUGAAGUUGACUGGAAAAAGGCUAUAUCAAAAAAGAGGAGAACACACUAUUCAUCAACUCCAAAAACAAAAUUAAGAAAAGUUCCUUCUUUUACAAGUAUGCCAAAUUCUUAUAAUUCAUCAUCAUUUGAAAAUUAUGAAGAAGAAUUGGAUGAUGACUCUUUUACUGAAUAUGAUCAUAGAAAUUCAAAAUCAUUACAUCGUUGUAAACUUUCUGUCAUCAAGGAACUUAAUAGUCCAUCACCUUUUACCAACUCAACAGAACUUAGUGAAUAUAAUUUAAAUUUUGUAAGUUCUUCUCAUCUUGAUAAUAAAUGGAAUCCAAUGCAAACAUCAACAAAGACAGAACUUAAUUAUGAUUGUGAUACAUUACCAAAAAAUAAACCAAGAACAAAAAUGGGAACAAAAAGGAUUCCUUUUGGUUCAUAUAAUGAAAUUCAUGAUUUUAAUACACAAUGUUCUCCAAUAAGAAAUAUGUCAUCUUUAGAUAGAUGUCGAUUAGUCAAACAAAAUAUUUUUAAAUCAGAACAAUUUGGUCUUCCAACUCAAUGUGCAAGGCAAUGGGGAUGUAAAGGCAUUUUGUAUCUUAAAAUAUCUUUAGUUGGGGAUAUUAUUACUUUUACUGUUAAUAAGGCAAUUUAUUUUGCAAAUCCUGUCUUGGAUAAUACCUCCUCCUACGUUAAAUUGGAAUUAAAACAAAGAGACUUAUUAAAGUCAUCGGAUUCUUAUAGACAUUCGAAAGAAUUUUACUUACAUCAUGACAAUCAUCAUUUUAAUCAAAAAAAUAUUUCAUAUAGAACAAAGACAAUUCCUAAUACAAAUAAACCCGAAUUUAAAGAAACAUUUUCUUUUAAAAUUACUCUUUCUAAUAUUAAGAAGCAUGAUCGUAUUGGGAUUAGUGUAUAUUCAACAUCACCAAAUAAUGAAUUAAAGAAAGGAAAAAUUGGUUGCAUGACGUUUCCUAUAAAAAGAUUAAUUAAAAAAGCACAUCAACAAAAUGAUUAUACAUUUGGUCGUCCCUCUAAUGCUACAUAUAUAAUAAAUGAUGGAGGUUUCUUUUUACUAGGCUCAACACACGGAGAUAAAACUAAUUUCCCUAUUAAUAAAAUUAAAUUGAGAAAAUUUUAUGACGAUUUUGGAACAUCUGUUGAUUCCUCUUCAAUUGGUACAUCCUCUAUUCAUUCACAUUCUCCUCUUAAAAUGACAAAUAAAAGUGAAUGGCGAUAUGGGCAGGAGAGACAUCAAAUGAAUAUUCCAAAUUAUUCACAACCUACAAAUAGUAUUAUAAAUUAUAAAAGUUCUUUAGAUGAUGUUGGAAGGUCAACCUCAAAAAAUAACAAUUUACAUAAAGAAAUGGAUGAUGAAGGCAAAUUUAUUCAUCCCUCAAAUUAUAGUACUCAUAAACAAUUAGGUAAUGUAAAGUCAUUAGGGCUUGUAAAAGAAACUGAUCUCAAUUGUGAUAAUAAUAGAUAUAAAAGACAUUAUCGUUUUACUUUACCUUCAAUAACAGCUACAACAGAUUCUAAUUGUGAUUUAACACAAAAUACUGAUUUUAUUGAUUCUGCACCUAUGCCUCCAAUAGGAUUACAUAUAUUUUAUGCCGACUCAGCAACACCUAAUUUUAAUUAUGAUAUUCGAAAUUCAGUUAGAGAAAUUGACAAUAAUAAACAAAAACCUUUAUCAUCAUCAUCAAGUUCCUCAUCAUCAUCAUUAAAUAAUACAAAUUCUGUUAGACGUGUGUCAUCAUUUACAUUUUUACCAAAUAACAGAAAAGGAAAACGUAAUAGUACUGAUUCUAAUGGAAAAGAUGGUGAACCAUUAACGCAUCAUGAUUCUAAAAAAAAUUUAAAUAUUGUAUCAAAAUCAAUUAAUUAUGUUAAACAUAAGAUGGCUAGUGCACUUAGUUUUCCUAUAUUAUAUCCUUCUAGGAGUGAAGUUAGACAAUGGGAAACUUCAUUUGAAGCUUUAUUACAUCAUAAAGAUGGUUCUGAAUUAUUUAAAAAUUUUCUUAAAGAAGAAUUUUCUGUUGAAAAUCUUGAUUUUUGGUUUGAAUGUGAGGAAUUUAAAAAGAUGAAAGAAGGCAAAAAAAGUUAUAAUAAAGCAUUACAUAUAUAUGAUUUGUAUAUUCAUGAAGAUGGUAGUAAACAAGUAAAUUUAGAUGCUGAUACCCGAAAUAUUACAAAAACAUUACUUGAUAAUGGUUCAAAAUCUGAUACAUUUAAUUUGGCACAAAGUAGAAUAGAACAAUUGAUGGCUAAAGAUUCAUAUCCAAGAUUUUUAAGAAGUAAACGAUAUUUAGAUUUUGUUCAAGAAGUUGAACAUUCUGAAUCAAUACAUACUGCUAAAAGAAACUCUACAGGGGACAUAAAUUAA